AUAAAUAGGUCUGUAAAGCCUAAGACCACAGUAGCUGGCAGGGGUCAACAUGGGUAUCUUCGCAGGGUUGGUGGCUCUGACCUUUGUGGUCAAUUCCGUAUACGGAUAUGCUUUGGCACCUUCUAUAUCCUGGCCGGAGGAGUAUCACUUCAAGGCUGAGGAAAUCAACCUGUCCGCCGACAUCAUGAAGCCCUUCGAGAUCUGGUACAGUUCAAUACACAACCGAUCUCGGAUCGACAUGUUUGGGGGUACAAUCACCCGCUAUUACUACGGCUCCUACUAUGAUAAUGAACACGAUUUUCAUUACGGAAAGAUCUACAUGGUUCACCCACAAGUAGCGGAGGAUGACUCUAAAACUGAGGUCAAAUGUGAGGUGGACAUGUACUUUGAUGACCAGGAGGAGUUCCUGCCCUCCCUGUCUGAGUUCGAGUAUUCAGGAGAGAAGGAGCAUGAUGGCAGGACAGUGCAGGUGUGGACGAAGAACUCAGUGUCACGUCGCGUGUUGAAGGUAGAGGAGACUCUACUUGUGACUGCCAUUGAUGGGGAAAUCGUCAUACCGUUGCACCACUAUAAGAAAUCCUUCAACACGAAGGACGGGUCCCUCCAGAGUGACGAGGUGGUCAACUACUACAACUACAAGGAUGACGUGAAGCUAGAUGAUCUCGACGCGCGCCGACUUCACUGCGAGGAAUGGUCAGAACUGUCUCAUGACCUGCAUGAGGCUCUCAAGGUGCUGCAUCCUACCAUCGAUAGCGACGUGAGCAGCGCUUUCCGCAGGUUCAAGAGGCACCACGACAAAAAUUACGAAGAAGAAGAACAUAAAAUGAGACAGGAGAUCUUCAGGCAAAACUGGCGCCACAUUGAGGAGCACAACAAAAAGAAACUCAGCUACAGGCUAGCUAUCAACCAAUUCGCAGACAAGACUAUGGAAGAGCUGUCAUACCUCAGCGGGAUGGGGGUAUCUGACCCCAUCCGUGAAGGCACGCACAAGUUUCCCCACACUGACGCAGAGAUCGAGGACAUGGCUAGUCAUCUACCCCUGAACUUCGAUCUGAGGGACCUGGGUGUCCUUUCGCCUGUUAGAAACCAAGCGAGCUGCGGGUCAUGCUGGGCAUUCGCAGCAGCAGCUACGUUGGAGGGGGCGUUAGCGAGGGCCAAUGGAGGGAGGGUGCUGGACCUCAGCGAGCAGUCACUUGUUGACUGCGCAUGGGCGUUCCGCAGUCACGGAUGUGCGGGCACGCAGGCUAUCGACGCGGUAUUCGAUUACCUCAUGAAGCAUGGUAUGCCUACCGUGCGAGAGUAUGGACCCUAUUUGGAAGAGGACGGGUAUUGCAACAUAAACAACAUGACUGAGGUCUACAACAUCAAGGGCUACGUCGGAGUCACCAAGAACAGUCCUAACGCACUCCGCGCCGCCGUCUACAAAUACGGACCAGUCACUGUUGGCGUGCUGGUCACUCAGAAUAUGGUCUUCUACAAAAGCGGGGUCUUUUAUGAUCUUGAAUGUGAGCCAGGUCCAAUGAACCAUGCAGUGACCCUCGUCGGCUACGGUGUCCGGGAUGGAGACCUGUACUGGAUCAUCAAGAACUCGUGGGGGGAGGCCUGGGGCGAGUCCGGGUACAUCCUGCUGUCCGCUUCCGGUGACAACUGCAACACCAUGCAUUCUGCCUUCUACCCUGUGCUAUAGGGUGCUCAAGUUUUAGUGCUAGUGUUCUAAUGCUUCAAUGUUGUAUAUAAGUAGUACCUAAUAAAUUUCCACGUGCCUCUGAA